UGGAGGCGGGAAAGGCCAUGAGUAAAGGCCGGGCGGAGGCCGCGGCGGGAGCCCCUGGGAUCCUCCUGAGGUACCUGCAGGAGCAGAACAGACCCUACAGCGCCCAGGACGUGUUCGGGAACCUGCAGCGGGAACACGGACUGGGCAAGACGGCGGUGGUGAAGGCGCUGGAGCAGCUGGCCCAGCAAGGCAAAAUCAAAGAGAAGAUGUACGGCAAGCAGAAGAUCUAUUUUGCGGACCAGGACCAGUUUGCCAUGGUGAGUGACGCUGACCUCCAAGGCCUGGAUGCCAAAAUCGUGGCCCUCACUGCUAAGGUGCAGAGCUUACAGCAGAGCUGCCGCCACAUGGAGGCUGAGCUGAAGGAGUUAACUAGUGCCCUGACCACACCGGAGAUGCAGAAAGAGAUCCAGGAGUUGAAGAAGGAGUGUGCUGGCUACAGAGAGAGACUGAAGAAUAUUAAAGCAGCCACCAACCACGUGACUCCAGAAGAGAAAGAACAGGUGUACAGAGAGAGGCAGAAGUACUGCAAGGAGUGGAGGAAGCGGAAGAGGAUGGCAACAGAGCUGUCUGAUGCAAUUCUGGAAGGAUACCCCAAGAGCAAGAAGCAGUUCUUUGAGGAAGUCGGGAUAGAGACAGAUGAGGAUCACAACGUGAAGCUCCCAGACCCUUGAGGGGUCCCCCGGCAGGACCCGGGGGGGAUGGAAAGAGAGGUCCGGCACUGGUUGGCUCCUCCAGGUUGGCUUCUGUGUUUGUUCCUGCUGCUGUCUUUGGGCAGAGCAGCUGGGAGAGGGGCAGGAGCCAGAGUAUGGGGCGUGGGGAGUGAGCAAGCCCACAGCCCACGGUCAGGCUCAGGUUCGUUUUCCUGGCUACAUUCCAGUUGCUUGAACUGAACGCUCCAACUGGAAACAAUGCUAAAGGAAAGCAUUUGGUAGUAUUUAUUGUAAUAUAAUUUGAUAUAAAAAUACUUAAAUUUCCUCUGGAUAACCAAACCUCCCCGAUGUCAACCCUGCAGAAGGCUACAGAGUAGAGACAGGAAACUGUAUAUAGCAUUCAAGGAGCCCAAGGCCUUACCCAGGACUUCUUGGAGCUCUUUACCCCAGGAGGCCUUUAAAUACCUUCUCUACCCCUUCACCCUGACCCCAAGUCCUGGGAGAGAUGCAGGCAGCACGGGGACAGAGACCCAGAUACACUUGACAGGAAGGGUGGGAGUGGUUCUGAGGCCCAGUUUGUUUUCCAAAAUUGUAAGUUUAGCAAAAUUGCACUGUUGGUGUUUAUUUAGAAAAUUAAAAAAAAAAAAAAA